UAAAACCCUGAAUCGGGAGUGCCAAACAAAUUCAUUCUUUAGUUAGAAAAAGAAAAAAAAUGAAGGCUCGUUUCCAUGGCAGAAAGAGAGAUAGAAUUUAUAUAAACCUCAUCUGAUUGUUUGUUUUCUUCGACGCAUACGCAGAAAACUUUAGAGACUCACACGAGAGACAUCGUUCAUUGGAAUUCUUUUUCUUUUUGGGGUGUAAAAUGUCGAGGGGCUCUCUGUGAAUGACCAGAAAGAUCGAUAAUUGAAGCCUUUGGGUUUUGAAGCGUAAACGGAAAUCGCUUUUUGGGUGGUGGGUUUUUUCUCAGGUUUUCCAACUACCCUUUUUUGUCUGGGAACUUUCGGUGUGUCACGGUUUUCUGUACACGUGGUUCGAAGGUGCCCCCUUUCGUCUUUCACCCGAAGAUGAUCUGAUUUCGACGUAAUUUGAUUGGUUUUACAGAAUUUCAUUACAUUUUAUUAUCAUAAGCUCUAGAAAUACUAGUUGUUUGGAUCACUGAGUUUAAUUCGGAUAUGGGGCUUGCUUGUCGGAGAUCCUAAAGGGGAAAAGGGUCAAGAUAAGCCGCGCAUGUUUUAGCUAAACUGAGUGUUUCAUCCAAUUGUAAGUGGAACUCUUGGAUAUCGAAUUCAGAAAGGUUGCCUCAGUUUGGAUCGAAAUUGCAUUGUACAUCUUCUCGAGGAAUUGAUGGGUACCGCGUGGGAGUGAUGGAAUACAGAUGGUUUUGAGCUGGUUCACCCAAAGAAGCGUGCUUGAAUUUCAUUUGCGUUGUGGUUCAGAAUUAACGAGAUCUUUUAUUAUCAUCAGAAGCUUAAUUGUGCAAGAAGUAGGGGUUCAGGUUUAGAUGAUUAGAAUGUGGUGGUGGAUAGAUGGAAGGAGGAAGCAUUCUGUUUCAUUAAGAAUAUGAGAUGGAGAAUCAAGAGCUGCCGUAAUGCUGUCAGAGAUUGCUGAUGAAUGUUCAUCAAAUGAAUUUUGGUCUUCGAUGCUUUUUGUAAUGCCCAGUUACAUGUUGGAUUUUUUGUUCUUCAGGUUGGUUCAAUUUGUAGGAUUGAUAUAUGUUUUUCUUUACCCGUCCUUGAUACCACUAUAUGGUUUGUUAAGAGUGGCAAAUGAGCAUAUCAUAAUGAACAAGGCAAUCGGACCAUUUGUCGAUGGAUGCACCCGACAAGACGUUAUCUGAGCUAGUUGGCAUUGUGAAAUCCUGGAUCCCUUGGCGAUCCGAGCCAGCUAAUGUGUCGAGGGAUUUUUGGAUGCCCGAUCAUAGCUGUAGGGUAUGCUACGAGUGUGAUUCUCAGUUCACGAUAUUCAAUCGUAGACACCAUUGUCGUCUUUGUGGCAGAGUUUUCUGUGCUAGGUGCACCUCAAAUUCAGUUCCUGCCCCAUCUGGUGACCCAACGACUGCCCGGGAAGAGUGGGAGAAGAUUCGGGUAUGUAAUUAUUGUUUCAAGCAAUGGGAGCAGGGCAUAGCUACUCUUGAUAAUGGGAUCCAGAUCUCCAACCUGGAUCUUAGUACUUCACCAUCAGCAACAAGUUUGGCCAGCUCAAAAUCUAGUGUCACUGCUAACAGUAGUACCAUUGCACUUAGCUCAAUGCGGUACACAGUCGAUCCUUAUCAACAAGUUCAACACAGUUCAGGUCUCAGCCCACAGCAAUCAUCUUUGAUGGAAACAAGCAUGAAGACGCAAGGCGAGUUAGUGUCGGGAAGGAGCAAUGACCUUGUUGUAGAUAUGGGAAAUCCAAACCAUUAUGGAUUUUCAAUGCACAGGAGUGAUGAUGAUGAUGAUGAGUAUAAUGUAUAUCGUUCAGAUUCUGAAAUAAGGCACUUUCCUCAAGUCAAUGAUUACUAUGGUCAAGUUGACUUUGAUGAUCUGAGCAAUGAUGAUGGAUCACAUAAGUUCCAUCCUGAUGGAGAAAACAACGAUGCCAAAGGUUUAAGCAGCUCUCAAUUACAUCAGAGUUUUGACUCACAGUGUUUGGAAGGAACUCCACCACUAGGGAAAAAAGAUGAGCAUGAUACCGGUGAUGAGUGUGAAGCACCGUCCUCUAUAUGUGCUGCACAGGGUGUCGAAACAGAACCUGUUGAUUUUGAGAACAAUGGACUUCUAUCUCCCCCUGAUCCAGAAGAUGAAGAAGAUGACAAGGAAGCAGGUCUGUUUGAUGAUGAUGAUGAUUAUGGGGAUACUGCAGGAGACUGGGGAUAUCUACGCACCUCAGGCAGUUUUGGAAGUGGCGAGUCUCGCAAUAGGGAUAGGUCAAGUGAGGAGCACAAGACGGCUAUGAAGAAUGUGGUUGAUGGGCAUUUUAGGGCUUUGGUAGCUCAACUGUUGCAGGUUGAGAACCUUCCCAUAGGCAAUGAAGAUGACAAAGAGAGUUGGUUGGAGAUUAUAACAUCUCUGUCCUGGGAGGCUGCUACAAUUUUAAAGCCAGAUAUGAGCAAGGGUGGAGGGAUGGAUCCAGGUGGAUAUGUAAAAGUCAAAUGUGUAGCUUCUGGGCAUCGUCGUGAGAGUAUGGUGGUCAAAGGAGUUGUUUGUAAGAAAAAUGUGGCUCACCGGCGAAUGACAUCAAAAAUACAGAAACCUCGCCUGUUGAUCCUUGAGGGGGCUCUUGAGUACCAGCGGGUCUCUAACCUCUUGUCAAGUUUUGAUACUCUGUUGCAGCAGGAAAUGGACCAUCUAAAGAUGGCAGUGGCAAAGAUAGAUGUCCACCACCCCGAUGUCCUAUUGGUGGAGAAAUCAGUUUCACGACAUGCACAGGAGUACCUUCUUGCGAAGGACAUAUCGCUUGUUCUCAACAUCAAGAGGCCACUUUUGGAGCGUAUAGCCCGCUGCACAGGUGCUCAAAUAGUGCCUUCAAUUGAUCAUCUUUCAUCACAGAAGCUGGGCUACUGUGACGCAUUUCAUGUGGAGAAGUUUCUAGAAGAUCACGGAUCUGCUGGACAGGGUGGCAAAAAAUUGCUGAAGACACUGAUGUAUUUUGAAGGGUGCCCAAAGCCACUAGGAUGUACUAUUUUGCUGAGAGGUGCUAAUGGGGAUGAAUUGAAGAAAGUGAAGCAUGUGGUUCAGUAUGGAGUUUUUGCAGCGUAUCACUUGGCUUUGGAGACUUCCUUUCUUGCAGAUGAAGGAGCCUCUCUGCCAGAGCUCCCUUUGAAUUCUCCAAUAACUGUUGCACUUCCAGAUAAAUCCUCAAGCAUUGAGAGAUCCAUCUCAACAGUACCUGGUUUCAGCCUUUCUGUGGGUGACAAAUCUCAGGGAACCCAUCAUAUUGUCGAGCCACGAAGAUCCAACAGUGUCCGUACUUCACAUCUGCUCUCUGAAUCCAUCGAACCCACUACAGAUCUGAUAAAUUCUACAGCCUUUUCCUCCUGCUCUUCUUCAGGAAAUGUUUUCCCAGAUUCUUACCUUUAUGGACUUUCUCCCUAUUGUAGUUUUGAGGAGAAAAUUAAAAUGGGUUUUAAAGAACCCCUGGUGGCAGAAACUUCUGCAGCCAACAGCACCCCAGCUGUCAUUCAUAAUCAUCUCAGUGCUAAUGGCUUCGGGCCUGUAGGGACUUUGGGACAGCAUGCUAUAAUGAACAACUCCCACAAUUGUCACAGUGCAAUGGCUGCAGAUCAGCUGGACAGAUCAGAGAUAUCAUCCCUGCAAGAAGAUAUUAAAGAAUAUCCAGAAGUGCAGGGAGCUUUGAAAGAAGAUCCUGUGCCUGUGAAAGAAGAGUUUCCUCCAUCACCUUCUGAUCACCAGAGCAUUUUGGUGUCUUUAUCAUCCCGGUGCAUAUGGAAGGGGACCGUUUGUGAGAGGUCCCAUCUCUUCCGAAUCAAAUAUUAUGGCAGCUUUGACAAACCUCUUGGUAGGUUUUUACGAGAUCAUUUAUUCGAUCAGAGUUAUCAAUGUCGUUCUUGCGGUAUGCCAUCAGAAGCCCAUGUUCACUGCUAUACUCAUAGGCAGGGUACACUCACCAUAUCUGUUAAGAAGCUACCAGAAAUUCUUUUACCAGGUGAAGGGGAAGGAAAGAUCUGGAUGUGGCACAGAUGCCUGCGGUGUCCAAGGACCAAUGGAUUCCCUCCUGCAACUCGGAGAGUAGUGAUGUCUGAUGCUGCCUGGGGUUUAUCUUUUGGGAAAUUUUUGGAGCUCAGUUUCUCAAACCAUGCAGCUGCGAGCAGGGUGGCAAGUUGUGGCCAUUCUUUACAUAGAGAUUGUCUUCGUUUCUAUGGGUUUGGCAAAAUGGUUGCUUGCUUUCGAUAUGCAUCAAUUGAUGUUCAUUCUGUCUGCCUUCCACCACCCAAGCUGGACUUCAACUGUGAAAAUCAGGACUGGAUACAAAAAGAAACAGAUGAGAUGGUUGAUCGGGCAGAGUUUCUAUUUUCUGAAAUACUCAAUGCUCUUUGCCAAAUAGCAGAAAAAAGAUCUGGUUCUGGUCCUCUUAGUAGUGGCAUGAAAACCCCUGAAACAAGGCGCCAAAUUGCAGAACUGGAAGCAAUGUUACAGAAGGAGAAAGCAGAAUUUGAGGAAUCGCUCCAAAAAAUUUUGAACAAGGAAAUGAGAAAGGGAAAACCAAUUAUUGACAUUCUUGAGAUCAAUCGACUGCGGAGGCAGUUACUUUUUCUAUCUUAUAUGUGGGACCAUCGCCUGAUUUAUGCAGACAAUUUAGAUAUGAAAAGCUUUCAGGAUGGCUUGGGCAGCUCAAAUCCAGAACAUUUGGAGAAACACCUCGUUAGUAAUGAUAAGCUCACAGAAGUGAAUGUGGCCAACAAACCUGAGAAAUGCUUUCAUAGUUAUGACUCUCUUCCUUUGGAUGCAGAGCUUAAAGAUAGCCCUGAGCAGAGGGGAGGAAAUGGUAGGGACACUAACCAGUCUGAUGUAGUUCAUCAAGAAAAAGACGUGGGUCAGGAUCGAUCAGAAGUUUUAACAUCAGAAGUAAACUUUCGUAGGGCCCUCUCUGAUGGGGAGUUCCCUAUCAUAGCAAAUCUCUCAGAUACCCUUGAUGCGGCAUGGACUGGUGAAAAUCACACAGGAAUUGGAAUACCCAAGGAUAGUACAUGUACAUUCCCUGAUCUGGCCAUGGCAGAAGCUUCAACUACACCUGCCCUGGUGGGGGGAUUGCAAUUGGAGAACCAAGCAGAAGAGCAAAAUGGAACCAAGGUUGCCCUUGUUCUUUCACCAGCAGGUUCCCUAAAAAACCCUGAUAGCAUAGAGGACUCUGUAAGCUGGUCACGAAUGCCUUUCUUAAGCUUCUAUCGAUCAUUCAACAAGAAUUUUUUAGCUGGUGCUCAAAAGUUUGAUGUGCUGAGUGAGUGCAAUCCAGUCUACAUUUCAUCCUUUAGGCAGUUGCAACUCCAGGGUGGGGCUAGGCUGCUUCUUUCUGUGGGUAUUAAUGAUACUGUCAUUCCAGUAUAUGACGAUGAGCCAACAAGUCUUAUAUCUUAUGCUCUAGUAUCACCAGAAUAUCAAUUUCAACUGACUGAUGACGUUGAAAGGUCAAAAGAUGGUGCAGAUUUUGUGCCUUCCUUAUCACUAUCUGAUUCAGUGAAAUCCCAAUCAUUUCAUUCUGCUGAUGACAUAGCCUCUGAUUAUCAUAGAAGUCUUGGGUCCUCGGAUGAUAUUUUUUUAUCCAUGUCUGGAUCUCGUAGCUCUCUGGUUCUAGACCUGCUCUCAUAUACAAAAUCAUUGCAUGUCAGAGUUGUUUUUGGAGAUGAUAGCCCACUUGGUAAGGUGAAAUAUUCAGUCACUUGUUACUAUGCAAAGCGUUUUGAGGCCUUACGGAAGAUUUGUUGUCCUUCUGAGCUUGAUUUCAUAAGGUCUCUUAGUCGUUGUAAAAAGUGGGGGGCCACAGGUGGCAAGAGCAAUGUCUUUUUUGCGAAAACCAUGGAUGAUAGAUUUAUCAUUAAACAAGUUACCAAGACAGAGUUGGAAUCGUUUAUAAAAUUUGCUCCCGGAUAUUUCAAGUACCUAUCUGAAUCAAUUGACUCAGGAAGUCCAACAUGCCUGGCAAAGAUUCUGGGUAUCUAUCAGGUAACAUCUAAACAUCUUAAGGGAGGGAAAGAAUCAAAGAUGGAUGUUCUGGUUAUGGAGAAUCUUUUAUUUGGAAGGAACUUGACACGGCUUUAUGAUCUUAAAGGAUCGUCUCGAUCGCGGUAUAAUCCUGAUUCUAGUGGGAGCAACAAAGUUCUGCUGGAUCAGAACUUGAUUGAAGCAAUGCCCACUUCUCCAAUUUUUGUGGGAAACAAAGCAAAGCGGUUGUUGGAGAGAGCUGUUUGGAACGAUACUUCAUUUCUUGCAUCGAUAGAUGUAAUGGAUUACUCUUUACUGGUUGGGGUGGAUGAAGAGAGGCAUGAGUUAGUUCUUGGGAUCAUUGACUUCGUGAGGCAGUAUACAUGGGACAAGCAUCUUGAAACAUGGGUGAAGGCUUCGGGCAUCCUCGGUGGGCCAAAAAACUCAUCUCCAACUGUAAUUUCCCCCAAGCAAUACAAGAAAAGGUUCAGGAAAGCGAUGACUACCUAUUUUUUGAUGGUCCCAGAUCAGUGGUCCCCGCCAUCAAUCAUUCCAAGUAAAUCCCAGUCUGACUUGUGUGAGGAGAACACACAAGCUGGGACCGUAGUUGAAUGAUACUGCGAGUCUUUGGUGCUUCUUCAUUUAAGCAUGCAAUUUGGAAAUAUUUCUCCCACGUUGUCUUUUUUCCCCUCUCAUGUAUUUCCCUUUCCAUAUUUCAUUUUUUUCCUCUCUUUCUUCCUCUUAACAAGAGCAAUUCAUAAUUAUUUGUUAGAAGAUGCAGAACAAGGCUGUUGAAGCCGAGUAGAUUUCUGAGGGGUAUAAUAUUGGAUAACCUCUCCAUGAAAUCUUUGUACAAAAUACUUAAUGUAUCUAGCAAUUACAAUGUGUAUACCCAUCUCAUUCUU